AAAGAGAUCUUUGGUUUUGCCUUUGCUGACUGCUGAUCUGAUCGUCUCAAGUCUGGUGACCUGCUGCAGAAAACCCUCUCCCUCUAUCAUUAACAAGCAAUUCAGUCUGUCCUAUCACUCUCCCUCUCCCUGCUCCAUCUUUUUUGACAAGCCAUUCUAUCUUCUAUCAUUUCUCCGCCAUGAGCUCUAUCUAAUUUGACAAGCUUGAACCUGAGUUGAAAAGCAAAACAAGUUUGCCUGAAACCAAGUUUGCCUGAAACCAAGUUUGCCUGAAACCAAGUUUGCCUGAAACCAAGUUUGAGAAAAACCAAGUUUGAGAAAAACCAAGUUUGAGAAAAACCAAGUUUGAGAAACCCAAGUUUGAGAAACCCAAGUUUGAGAAGAAACCAAGUUUUUGGAAUUGAAGUUACCACAACUUCAUCGAUCUGUUUUCAGAAUUCGGAGAGAUCUCCGCUCUCACUGCUCCAUCUUUCCUGUCAUUAAACUCUCUCAUAUCCACUCAUUUUGCUGGAAAUUACAAGUAAAAAGUUGAAUAUACAGUAUUAGAAUUAGAGUACAGUAGAACUCACUGUAGAAACUACUUACAGAGCCCUACAUUUGUCAUUUUAAUUUUGCAUUAGACUUUGAAAUAAGCACUGAUAGUUUGGCUUACAAGUGCAAUUUGAUAAAUUAUAUAAACUUAUAUACACCUUUUUUUGAGAUAUAUUUGUAGUAAGAUAAUCUGGUUAUUUUGUAAUUCAGACUGUUAUAUUCACAUAAAUAUUAAAUUUGAUUCAAAUACAUUUUUCAAGUCUGUUUCAUUGGUUAUAACAUUUGACUACAAGUUUAUACUAUUAUUAUUUAAGGUCAAACCCUUUUUUGUCACUCAGUGUAAGUAUUCAAUUAUAGUUAUCAUCUAGAGGCUGCCCUGAGAACCCAGACUUCCUGUUUCCUGACUGCUGCAGAACAUCCAGCUGAAGAAUCCCCAUCGCCUGUCAUCUGAUCACCACACCAUCACAGCUCCUUAUAUUUGCUUUACAUUUUAGAUAUCUGAAAGAUUUACACAAAGUCUAGUUAAAAGCUAAGAGUUUUAUUAUAGCCUGUUGAUUGAUUGUUGAGAUUUAUUCUGCAUAUUACAUUACAGAAGUAUAGACCUAUUUGUUAUCCAGUCUGGUUAAAGAAAAAUAUAAGUAAUAAUAUACAGUUUUUGAAAAAAGUUACAAUAAAACAGACCAAAGUGUUUUUUAAAGAACUUUUAUAUUGAGUUUGUAUUUAAGUCAGCCUUUUACAUUAAUUCUGAUAAAUCUCUGAUUUAAUAGUCAUUAAAGUCAUUAGUUUUUCAGUAUUUACAGGUUGACUUUUGUUUACAUUUGUGUAUACAUACAAGUUCCAGUUUGUACUUCAACAAAAUGCCAAGAAAAGGUCAAAGGUCGCAGUCCCAGAUGCUUAGAUGGCAAAAGCAGCGAGAACAGGUAAAUGUUUCUGAGACCGGUGAGCAGGUAAAGGUGUCUGUUACAAGUAUUCCCAGUCCAGAAGUGCAGGGCAGUGCUCAGACAGCUGCAGUGUCUUAUGCAGAUGUGGUAAAGAGAGGUGUUCGCUCAGCAUGUGUGGCAGAUGCUAAAGUACAGCAGGUAAUCCAGACUGAACCCCAGGUAACUGUGCAAACGCAGCAUGAUGGAGAAGCUCCAGGACCGUCUCAUGUACAGGUUACAAACAGUGAAAGUCGUCCACGAGUGAGUAGCAUCUGUGCAUCCCGAAGCCAGGCCUCUGCUAAGUAUGGAAAGUACAGGAAUCAGCAAUGCAUGGCUAACAGUUUGGUUUUCCUGUCAUUCUUACACGAGGAUGAAUUCAUUACGAGAGCAGAUCUUAACCGUGUGUUGGACAAAGGCCAUGCCAUGCAUUCAGAUGCCAGAAAGAGGUUUGUGAACAGCGUGUUUCUAGCCUGCGAUGAGCUUCCCACAGUGGUCACCAGCCGCAGACACGAGUAUCAAGUGGACUUGUCUCAGUUUGCUCAUUAUGGCACAUUUGAUGGUACAGGUCAUCUUCCGAGCCUUGAACAGGGACUACAGUGUUUGGCUUCAGAGGUUCGCUAUGCUUUGCUAGUCAUGGGAGGAAACGUCAUUGCAGUUUGCAGGCUGACUUCAGGUGAAUACGCAUAUUUUGACCCUCACUCACGACUUGGAUGAGAACAAGAUUUACGCCAAUCCCGAGGUAACUGCAGCGCUCCAAACCAUGAGACAAGCCAGUGUUGAGGAAAUGAUGCCUCUUCUUCAGGUCAGAGAAACAGCCAGCAGACCUGACACUCUUACACUGAUCCAUCACAAUACGGAGGGUUUGCC